AAAGCAUUUCCUUCCUUGUAGUCAAGUGUUUGUGUUGUGUCCAUUGAUCUGAUGAAAAUGAAAAAGGCGUCUAUGUGAAAGAUCUUUUUUCGGGCUUUUAUAGCUUCAGAUUAGGAAAUCGCGUAACACAAACUUAAAAUGGCAGAGUUAGAGGAUGAGUUGAUUGGAGAAGAUUUAGAUUAUGAGUAUGAUCUGGAUGAGGAGGAAGAAGAAGCCCUCCUGGCUGGUGAAACACAAGAGGUUGAAGAAGAUAUAAUUGAGUUACGUGUGGAGGAUGAGUUUGAAGAUGAUGAUGGUCAGAUGGGCAUGUCUCACUCCUCUAAUGUUCAUUCAUUACAGACAUCAGAUGCUGUAUAUGAAAGGGAUAUUGAGGAUAACUAUAAUGAUAAUUCCAUGAAUGAUGAGUCCCUUAACAUAGAAACCCAAAAUAUUUUAGAAGAGGAGGAGGAAGAAGAAGAGGAGGAGGAGGAGGAAGAUGAGGAAGGAAGGAGCCGUGACCGUUUCAAGAGUGAAAGGUCCAAGAUAUCAUUGUCAAAUACAACUGUGGAGCGAACCAUUCCAGACUCUCUAGACAAAGUAAAAGUGGAGAAGACAGAUGUCAUUGACCAUUCUCGAGGACGUGGUGGUUUUCGGGGCUGUGGCCGGGACAGAGGACGAGGUGGGGGACGAGGUGGCCAAAUGGGGGAUGAGGCUUGA